AUGAAUGGUUUCCUUACUAAGGUUACAGAGUAUAAGAUUACCGUCGCUUCCUACCAACGUUUUGACGAGGAUCCAUCAGACAGUCAGAUUGAUGAAUAUCUGCGCAUAAUCAAGAAUUCAGCGAGAAUUGUGUUUAUGUGUGCAGAGAAAAACAAUUUCCGUAACAUAAUGAUACGAGCUCAUCACAAAGGCAUGACCGGCGGAGAUUACGUCUUCAUUGAUUCGAACUUCCUAUCAAAUGACAACUCAUACCGAUACAGAGUGUGGUACAAGAACGAUUCCAAUGACGUCAUAACACGAGAAGCAUUUCGUCACGUUAUUCAUAUAACACAAGUUAGAUGGUAUGACGAGUCCAGCAAGGAACGCCAUUUGGAGCUAUAUAGAGCAAUACCACAAAAGAUGACCGAGAUGCCCUGGAACGACUCCAUAGCACUUGAUGAGGGCAUAUUGCCUUCCACAUCUUCUGCUACUCUGCACGAUUCCAUGUACCUUGCCGUUCUAUGGUGGGAACAUUGCUAUAACAACGGUCUGGACCAUCGAAACGGAGCGGAGCUGUUUAAGUUCACAUACAACCUUACUUACAAUGGUACAAGUGGUAAAAUUCAGUUUGACGGUAAUGGUGAUAAGCAGCCCAUAUUCUGGGUGGAGGACCUGAAGAACACGAGCGACGAUUCCAGGAUUUUUGCCAUUGUAGAGACUUACCUAGAGAAGUCAGAAAUGGUAACUAUCUGGCAUGACCCCUUAUGGGCGACACCUGACGGGAGCGCGCCUCCUAGCACUCCGCUGUGUGGCUUCGUUAAUGAAUUAUGUCCACCGGUUAUUGAAGACAAUACCAUAAAGGUCAUCGUCUCUCUGUGUGGGGUCCUCGUAUUUCUCAUCGCUGUCAUCAUCACUGGAUUUUAUAUCAGAAAGAGGAAUUAUGACACGCAGAUUCUGAAGAUGACCUGGAAAAUUAAUUUCCAUGACAUUAACAUGAAAAUAACAAAACGUGGCAUUGGGAGCCAGCUGAGUGCGUUAUCUCUGACUGACCGUGAGUGCAGUAGUAUUGCUACUAACAAUCAGAAUUAUACACAAACGGCGGAGUAUAAAGGUCAGACGGUGGCUAUUAAGAUCAGUCCCCUGUCGGCAGUCCAGCUAACUAUGACAGACCUGGUGGAACUAAAAGCGAUGCGGGACUUUAUUCAUCCCAAUGUGAAUCUAUUUAUCGGAGCCUGUAUCGAUCCUCCCAAUAUCUGCUUCCUGUUUUUAUAUGGCACCAAGGGAAGCCUCCAGGAUGUGUUGGAAAAUGACGACAUUAAACUGGAAUGGGCUUUCAAAGUCACAAUUCUGAAGGACAUCGCUAUGGGAAUGAAAUAUCUGCACACGUCAGUCCUGAAGUCACAUGGGAGACUCAAGAGUUCCAACUGUGUCAUUGACAACAGAUGGACGGUGAGAAUAACAGACUAUGGAGUGUCUACUUUCUACAAAAUUAAGAAACUGGCAAAUACCAAGCAAAUGGAGGAUUUCAAAGAUUUGCUAUGGACUUCUCCGGAAAUUCUGAGGUCGGACGACGUUCACUUCAGAAAUGGGACGCGGGCAUGUGACGUCUACGGUUACGGUAUUAUCCUACACGAGAUUUUCUACCGAAGUGGACCAUUUCCGGUCGCAGGAAAGACACCGAAAGAUAUAAUUUUGGGGAUAAACAACGGCGUGUCCUAUAAACCGGACAUCAACAAAUCCGACGUCAUCAAGUCUCAGAUGGUGAAGCUGAUGAAGAUGUGCUGGGAUGAUGACUGGCAACAGAGACCGGAUUUUACGAGUAUUCUUAGUUUUAUUCGGGAAAACAACACGGAAGCGAGCGUGGGUAUAAUAGACAAUAUGGUCAACAUGUUGGAGAAGUACGCCAAUAACCUGGAGGACCUCGUGGAAGAGAGAACGGUCGCACUGAACGAGGAAAAAGACAAGACGGAUCUUCUCCUGAAUCGAAUGCUACCCAAGUUUGUGGCCGACAAAUUAAAGAGAGGAGAGUCAGUUGACCCAGAAGCGUUCGAAGCAGUUACAAUUUUCUUCUCGGACAUCGUGGGAUUUACCACCAUCGCAUCUAAAAUCACACCAAUAGAUGUCGUGCAAUUCCUCAACGAGAUUUACACAUUAUUUGACGAUAUCAUCUCCACUUUUGAUGUAUACAAGGUGGAGACAAUUGGUGAUGCAUAUAUGGUAGUCAGCGGUCUGCCAGAGAGAAACGGAAACGCCCACAGUGGUCAGAUAGGUAGCAUGUCUCUGGCCAUACUGAAACAGCUCCAACAAUUUAAGUUAAAGGCAAUACCAGAGCAGGAAGUUAUGGUUCGCAUCGGACUACACACUGGUCCAGUGUGCGCAGGCGUUGUAGGACAGACGAUGCCAAGAUACUGUUUGUUCGGCGACACUGUGAACACAGCCUCCCGGAUGGAAUCUAAUGGAGAAGGUGGAAAAAUUCAUAUCACACAGAUGACUCGGAGUGCAUUGCUAAGUCUCGGAGGGUACGAGAUUGUAGAUCGAGGAUAUAUUCCAAUCAAGGGAAAAGGGAAAAUGUAUACCUAUUGGUUGAUCAACAAAACGGACAUAAUCUUUCUACCACCCUCGCCGUCAAACUCAAAAAAUCACCGCCAGCUGAGUUUUCCAAAUCAGCUGAGGUCAGCGCACGAUGUAGUGGACAAAACGGAUGGACUCUCAACCAAAGAAUGGCCGGAUUGUUGACUCUGGUCACAAAUCGGCAGAUGCUGACUCUGGGCACGUCGCCUAAUGUAUAACUGAUCAAAAUUCAACAUGAAAGCAAAAUGGAGUCUGCAAUGAAAAUUCAGUUUCAAUACAUUUAAAUUCAUAUUUCGUAAAGGGGAUAUGGACUUUUGAAAAUUGGAUUGGUGGUUUGUUUGUGCAGACAUAAGUUCGGUACAUCUGUUGAUAUUUAAACACAUGGAUUGCCCAAAAGUUUUGUUGAUUAUAUAGAUGGCUAUUGAUGUCAAUUUAUGAAUUUCUUGUUUGUUAGUACCAAAGAAUUGCCCACUCGACUGAUAACAUAAUGACAUGCAAUGCAAUUUAUACGUCCGUCGAAGUUUGGUAUGGUGUAGAUCCUUAAUCUUCUGUCCAUCUCUCCAUCUGUUGAAUUUUGGUAUGGUGUAGAUCUUUAAUGCUUCUGUCCAUCUCUCCAUCUGUCAGCACCUUGUGGGACAGAUAAAAGCAAUAUUCAUGUUCCCAAUGAUUAGAGACAGUAGCCUAUUGUUUUGCAAGGUCAUAGGGCAAAGUUCAAGGCAAACGUGCACAGUUAGAAGGCUAGGAUAAUUAAACUUGGUACACAUAUCCCCAAUGAUUAGAAAAAGAAGACUAUUUUUUCAAUGUCAAAGGUCAAAGCAAAUUUGCAACAGUUAGAAAGCUAGGAUCAUCAAACUUGGUACACAUGUCCCCAAUGAUUAGAGGAAGAAGCCUAUUUUCUCUAAGUUAAAGGACAAGGCAAACCUACAUGUUGGGAAUUUUGUAGACACAAAACAAGAUAGAAAACGUACCAAUACCAAGAAAGCUAAGGUAAUCAGAAUUUAAUAGACAUAUUCCAACUUCAUAGGCAAGUUUUAUUUUUGUAUGUUGGUUUAUUGUCUCUUCCCACUUUGUGUGUACUAAUAUUGCUAGAAUAAUAAAACAAAUUGUACACAAGUCAUCCAUGGUGAAAGAAAGAAGGAUGUAUCUUACUUCUCAAGGUCAUAGGUCAUACUUUCAUGGGUAAUUGUGAAGGAAAAACAGAACUAAUAAAACUAGGAUCAUCAAACCAAUGAAGUGUUGAACAUGCUCCCCGUGAGGUUGAUUACAAAUAUAUUUUGAAAAUUGAUAAUUUUAUCUUUUAAGUUUAUACUUUUAUACCAGAGUGACAUUUUCAUCAAUUUGAUAUUGAACAAAUCCACCGUAAAACUAAAAUUUUAUAUAUACUUUUUGAUGUUAGAAACACUAUCAAAGACAUCUUUGACUAAAGAAUGGUUCAAUUUACAUGUAUUUGGAUGUUAACUUGUUUUCUAUUAAGACAGUAUUACUAAAUUUAUUUGACGAGCGUAUUUUGCAGUGUGAGUGUUGUUCUUGUUAAAAUCAACUUAUAAAUUUAAAAGAAUACUAGUACAUGUAUGUGUUGUAAUAAAAAAUCAAAUGGUCUACUUCAAUCAAACUUGCAAGAAUGUGGGAACUUUAAUUAUUUGAUUGUUGUCAGGUUUCAAGAAUUGCUACCUUAAUUUCAGUGCAUUUUCAUCAAUUUUGAAAGAAUACUAGUAUUUGUUGUGAUAAAAAAGACCAAAAGCAAUUCAAAUGGCAUGCUUUAGUCCGACUAGAAAAUUGAGCAAAAACCCGAGAAUAGUUUUAGAAGACGUACUUUUGAUAUUUAUGUCCCCCCCCCACUUCAAAGAAGAGGGGUAUAUUGUUUUGCACCUGUCUGUCAGUCGGUCGGCCACAUGUUGUCCGCUCAAUAUCUUGAUAACCCUUUGUUUGAUAGACAUCAAACUUGGUACACUGGUACAUCCCAGAGAGUAGAUUAAUAAUUCAUUUUGUGGUCACAUGGUCAAGGUGCUUGGCAGACAUCAAACUUGAACAGUGGUGCAUCCUAAGGAGUUGAUGGCCCCUUUUGAUUUUAAGGUCACAUGAUCAAGGGUCAAUCUGGACACAGGAAGAUACCGUCCUCUCAAUUGCUUGAGAACCUUUUGUUUGACAGACAUCAAACUUGGUACACUGGUACAUCCUAUGACCCCUAUUGAUUUUGAAGUAACAUGGUCAAACGCCAAGGGUCAAAUUGACAUAGUAAUAUAUUGUCUCCCAUAUUCUAAGAAUCAUUUGCUUGUUUGACAACAAACUUGGUACACUGGUAUAUCCUAAAGAGUAGAUGACCCCUAUUGAUAAUCAGGUUACAUGGUCAAAUGCUAAGAGUUGCUCUACUCUGGACAUAGGAGGGGGCGGGCAAAUAUUAUUAUGUUUUACAAACUUUUUUUAUUUUUAUUUUUAGAAAUUAACGAAUUAAUCGCCAUGUAAUGUAUUAUUUUAUCACAUGACUCUCACGUGGUCGUAAUUUGUACGUAUAAAAGGCAAAGUUCUCCACGAAGGAUAAAAACAAGAACACUAUAUUUACAAGUCAGUGGUGAUGAAAUUUACAUGUACUCAAAAUUUGAGAGACCUCGAUCGUAUUAUUUCACAAAAAGGUUUGAAAGUUAAGCACAUUUCGUCAGAUAAUAGACUUUUAUUUCAAAUUUGACAGGUAAACACAACAACUACUGUAAUUUGCAUACGUUUGCAUGUAAAUAAAUCAUAAAACAAGGGUCUGUUACUCACAGAACCAAUGUGAUUCUGAUCUUUACAAAAGUAAGGGUUUACUUUGGCAACAUUAAGAUGUAUUAGAAAUUGAGCUAAACAUAUACAGUACAUCUUAUAUGGUAUCUCAAAUGCAGGAAUAUUUUAGUUCUAUUUUAAAUGAGUAUUUUAGGUAAUUUUGAUGUGAUCUAGUAUUUCAUUAAGUAGUUUUCAUCUCCUAAAGAAAUGAAAAUUGUCAUAUGUAUAAAGUAUUUAUCUAUAAAGAUAGCUCUUUCAAUUUUUAAUGCCUAUUGUUUAAGGUAGCUCAUUACACUGAAAUUUUAUUUGAUGGCUCGUUAAAACACCUCUUAUGAAGUGUGAUUUCACCAUUGAAAGUGAUACAAGCUAUCAAUUAUUUUAUAUGAAUAUUUUGUGACUUUUCCCGGAAUGAUAAAAAGGUGUUUUGUUUACAAAUAAAAGAUUCUUGAGUCCAUUAAAUAAAAUUUUAGUGUAAUGAGCUACCUUAUUAAGAAAAAUUACGUAUGGAUAUUGAAAAAAAUAUGAAUAAAAUAAAGCGUAUAACAAAGAGAAAAUAAAGACUAUAAACUAUGAGUCCAUAUAAAAGUUAAAUUGCCUCUUUCAAUACGAAAAUAAAUAGUACGAGUUAACAGAAUAAGUACAUCGAAAAUUAGGUAGCAGGGGAUGGUUUCGCACUAUAGCAAUCUCUACCUAGAGUUAUCGUUCCUUCCACUCGCACCUCUGUCAACGUCUCAAGGGUUUUACAAGAUUUUUGUAAAAUGGCACGUAUGCUCAAAUAAAGUAUGGGUUUGACUUCAGUUACAAAAAUAUACGUAAAUAAAUAUUAAGCAGACGUCAAGUCUUUUUGUGACACAAGAAGCAUUGAUUUGGGUUGAAACGUGGAUAUUGGGUAGUUCUAUUGCACCAGGCCUAUACAUCUGUACAUAGGUACAUGAAGAAUAUAUAGUAAUGGGGGAAAAUCGACAAAUAGUUGCUUGUCCUACACUUUCCCGAUAUUUUAUAAAAUAGUUCUUCGUUUUAUUAGCCGUAAAAAAAAAAGUGGAUUUACUUGUGGAAUAACAUUGCUUAUUUUGAGACGUUAACAGAGGUGUAAGUGAGAGCAAGGAACGACAACUCUGGGUAGAGAUUGGCACUAUAGGUCAACUUUCUUAAAAAUUAAAAUAACCCAUAUUUGAAGGGAUAUCAAAUGUGUAAAAUAUAACAACUUUGAACCAAGGGGGAUAGGUCUUUGAUAUUUCAAACACAGAUGCUUCAUAAUCAGAUCUUUCAUAUGGUACCAAAACUAUGGACUCAGUGACCUUGACCUAUUUUAAAAAAUAAACUCUAAUCUUUUAAUUCAGAGGAGACGGGGUAAGUAGAAUCACGCUUCCCGGCGAGCUGUGUUGUAUUCCGACAAAUCUUGUGGAAAAUACUCGAGGGUAUGAACUGCAGCGAAUCACGCCGGUAUACUUUUAAUGAAGUCUGCCUGCGUGAAGCGUAGCAGUUCAUAUCCUCAUGUUGUUGGGUUUUUUUCAAAAAUGAAAUCUACUUCUCAAUUGAAUCAUAUUUACACUGAUCUAAAACAAAAUCAUUAUGUAUGUAUUAUACGAAAAGCUUUGAUACAGAGGCGUCCAUACUUAACACAUUCAACUUUAAGUAGUUACUGAAAGCAGUCUAAAAAUUCUGUCAUUUCUUCAUUAUUCUCUCUGGAUGAAGAAAUUGUAUUCCUGAUAUUUAAAAACUAUUCAAACUCCUUUACAUGUAUCUUUUUGUUUUCAAUUUUUCGGACGCUACUGGUGUUCAUGUUUUUUUGUAUGUAGCUUAGGUUAAUUGUUUUUCCAUGGUUUGAGCCAGCAUGCGCGGAUCCAGUAAUUUUUCCCGUGGUAGACGAGGUUCUAUCAUGUAAUUGUUCUAGGGGAUCCAAGAUAUAUUAGGGACUAACACUUAGUAUUUUACAACUGGAGGUGCACAAUAAGGCAAAUAUGUAUAUGCAUUUGUACCGAUUUCAGGGGGUGGAGUCCGGACCCCCGACCGCCCAUGCAUCUAUAUCGCGCCUGAGCAGGGUUUCUUAUUGUAUUUAUGUAUUGUAUAUCAUGUGUCGGUUGUCUAAUAUCCAUAUUGUACUUUUCCCACAGUUCAUAUUGUUUCCUGUUCUUGUCAUUUCUAAUAAAUGUUAAUAUUUCGUUCAAA